GAAAAUGGCUACUUCAGUUCAAAUGAAGCAUUUCAUUGCUGUUUGCGCUGUGAUGUUGUGGACAUGUGCUUAUCAAGCUAUGUCCCGAACAUUGUAUGAAUCUUCUGUUGCUGAAGCAUUCCAGCACUGGAAGUCCCAACACGGACGCACAUACGCUGAUGAUGCAGAAAAAGGAAAACGGUUCAAAAUAUUUGUAAAGAACUUGGAAUACAUAGAGAAGUUCAACAAUGCCGGGAACAAGAGUUACAAGUUGGGACUGAAUCCAUUUUCUGACUUAACCGAAGAAGAGUUUAUCGCUUCACACACAGGACUCAAGGUGAACUCAAGCCUACCACGUUCAACCCCAGCUACACCCUUGAAUGUGGAGGAUAUUCCGACAAGCUUGGACUGGAGAGAGAGAGGAGCCGUCACCGAUGUUAAGGACCAAGGUCGAUGUGGAAGCUGUUGGGCCUUUUCAGCCGUGGCAGCUGUAGAAGGCAUUUUCCAAAUAACUAACAAGAAGUUGAUCUCAUUCUCAGAGCAACAAUUAGUGGACUGCGAUAACGAUAGCUACGGGUGUGAUGGAGGUUUACCGGAUAAGGCAUUCGACUAUAUCACAGAAAACGGGGGUAUCGCUAAAGAAAGUGACUACCCAUAUCAAGGAAUUGAUGGAACAUGUCAGACGGCACAGAUCGCAGCUCAAAUAAGUGGUUAUGCAGAUGUACCUGAAAACAGUGAAGAGCAACUACUACAAGCCGUGGCCAACCAACCUGUGUCUGUUGGCGUUGCUGUUAAUCAAAACUUUAAGGCAUACGAGAGUGAUGUAUUUGAAGGACCAUGCGGGAAUCAGCUGAACCACGCAGUUGCUAUAAUUGGUUAUGGUACUACCGAAGACGGCAAAAAGUUCUGGUUGAUAAAGAAUUCAUGGGGUGAAAGAUGGGGAGAGAACGGAUACAUGAAGUUGCUGAGGGACAGUGGUGAACAUGGAGGUGUUUGUGGCGUGGCUAUGCAAGCUUCUUACCCAGUUAUGUAGUAAUUUCAAAACAAAUUCUCUGAAUCCAUUUGUGUGUGCGUGCAUGCUGUUGUUACAGGAGCAACUGGUUUUGUACUAAGUUUAAACAUCAUCGUCUUUUCUU